AUGUCUCUCAACCCCAAUUUCUACGUUCGACCCGAGUUUAUCAAGCUAGGGCACUGGGUUAACUGGAACCGAAGCCCGGCUUCGGGUGGCCAGAUAACUUUGCCCGAAAACGACGCUGAUUUGUUAAACAUCUUUAUCGGUAUCUUCCUCACCAUGGUCUUGGCCGCGUUCUGGGCCAUCCUGGCAUGCUGCUUCUUUUGGAGUCGCCAUGUCUCCUCUCGCAAUGACCCAGCACGCCGUGACGGCCUGUACCACCAGCAGCAGGCGACGCUUCAAAACAUCAGAGAUCCCAUCGCGGUUUCUAUGGCGCUUAUUGACCUAUGUUUUGCCUGGCGGGGUGUUGCUCAGAGAGCGUUCAGGCGGUCGUGGUUAAUGAUCCUUGCGUCUUCCUUCACCUCUGGCAUCUUUGUCAUCGCCCUGCCCUUCAUCGUCGCCCUCCCAAUGCUGGACAAGAUUGGCAAUGAAGUCCUUAUCAACAGCCCUGACUGCGGCUUCUGGGCAGCGUCGAUAAUGGAUGAUCCCAUUACUGGGUCCACAGACCUCACGAACCGAACCUGGGAAGCGGUUAGCUAUGUCGAUAAUUGCUAUAACAGCGAGGCCAGGUCAUCGCUAUGCGAUGAUUUUCUGAUCCGGCGAUCUCUCCCAGCACUUGAUGCGACUAUCUCUGAAUGCCCAUUCUCACCCGGUAUGUGUCUAUCCCAAGACAGAAUCCCAGCCUUCCAGAUGCAAACUGAGGCCCUCGAUUCGCAUAAGGAUUUCGGCAUAAACGCUCCACCUCCUGAAAGGGUUGUUUUGAGGCGUGUCACGACUUGCUCACCGCUUAAUGUCGCCGACUUCACUGAGGUGACAGAGGGUGACUUGCCCAAAGAGGAGAUGACUGGCGUCUACUACGGCGAGACCAUCAACCAUGAAUCGACCUACCAAGUGAGCAACUAUAAAAUAAAGGCUGAACCCCACUAUACCCUCAAGGCAUUUUGGCACAAGGUGGAAAAUGGCACUACCAGUUCAUCCACCUUCAAGGCUAUAUCCGAUCUACGGCGGUCAGACGCUGAUGUGACAGUCAUCUUGCUCAACAACAAUUUGAUUCCAGUGCAGGGGCAAGGUGACCGCCCGUGCCGAGACCCAUUCUUCUCCGCCACGGGGAGACGACUUGCCAGCGGCUACUACAUGCCCGAUGACCCAAUUACCGCCAUCGGGUGCAUAGACCAAUAUGCUUUUGCGAACCCCGUCUUGAAUCAGUGGACCGAACUCAUGGCCAUCGGAGAUACUUUCAAUGCUAGCCAAAUCAUAUCCAAGAUCAGACUUUCGAAACGACAGGUACCGAGUUUUUCCAUGCUACUAUUCGCGCUUGAGAGAGCUGGUGGCAUCGACUCGGUCAUUACCGCUCUAGGCGCUGAGGCUCUCCUCGCCAAGAAGUACCCAGGGCUGCUAGCUGGCUACCAGAAUCCCCUUCCAGACGACCAGUGGAAGAAUGAAGUAAGGUACUGGUUCAAUAUUGGUUUGGCCAAGCUCCAACUACAGAUGAUCAACAUCGCCACCGGACCUCCAGACACGACCCUUCCAGGCCUGAUUAACAUGCUUCCUGUCCUGUCCGCGGGUCAGGAUGAUAUAGUCAAGACCAUCUGCAGUUCGCAAAAGAUCAGAAAUGUUGAGUUUAAGAACUACCACAGCUCCGGGCUCAUCAGCCUUGUGGUGAUCGGGGGGCUUCUGAUCCUUGUGACCAGCAUUGUUCCCUACUUCCCCUGGGUGAGAAACAACAACACGGCACGCUACUGGGUCUCGUAUGGCAUGCGCGAGCUGCUGAGGAUGGCGACUAUAGGGGGAGGUGUGCAAGGAUGGACCCGGCGUAGAGGUGUGACCAUCUUGAAUCCGGCGACUACACCAGCUGGGGAUAUUAGGAUUACCCGAGUCAAUCCUCUUGAUACAGAUUGGAAUGUGAGCAGUGUGCCCCAGGAGCAGGAGGGUGAGCUAGUGGGGUUGGUCGUGCCCCAGCAACCGACAGAGAGCAAUAAUAGGAUGGGAAACUAG